AUUUGAGGGUUUCAUAUUUUUACAUUAGUUUCAUUCCUUAUUUAUUGAUACCAUUCCUGAAAAAAAUACGAACUGGUUCUCAAUCAUCGAUAUCAUCGAGGUUUUCAAUCCUUCAUCAUCUCCUUCCUCUCACCGCUGCCCUUUUCAUCUCUGAGGGCUUCUAGUGACAAAGACAAGGAGGAGAUAUUGGAGAUCGAUACCUUGGUCAUUUCAAAUCAAGGGCAAACUCAUGAGGGCCUUGCAAAGGAACUUCCUCAAGCGCAGAGCAUUCUGGACCAGAACAAGCUCCUAAUUAAAGAGAUCAACCAGAACCACAAGUCCAGAAACUUUAUUAGCUCAUUCCUAUUCCCACACAGCAACUGAUCCAAAACAUCUUCUUCCUCCUCUUCCGUUUUGGAGUAAUCCACAGCAGUGGUCGCCUCUCACGAGUUCGUCCAUCUUCUUCCUUCCUCGCCGUCUGUCCAUCGAAGCAGACCUAGGGUUUGGAGCAGGGGACCUUGUCGCGCCAACUUAUUAAAACGACGGGUCUGGAAGUUGUUCAGGGAUUGCUUGACAUAUACUAGUGAAGAUCUGACUUGUAGGCGCGAAGAACAAGAAUUUUGAGGGGCGCGGUGGAUACAACUUAAAUCAUUCAACACUGACAACCCCUCUUGUUCUCUUUUAAGGAAAUUCUUUUCGCUCUUCCACCCGACCUUGGUGCUCUACUGCUUUUCCGCCGCUCCUGCGCCGGCCAACUCCGAUGCCUCUCAUUUCUUUUCCUGCACUCACGUGUCCGCCAUGGAAAUCUAAUUCUAUCAAGUUUUUCUCGGUCCGUGCCUCAUCUCCAGUUGUUACAUUGUUAGAUUAUGGUGCUGGAAACGUUCGAAGCGUGCGCAACGCCAUUCACUAUCUAGGAUUCAGUGUUAAAGAUGUGCAAAAUCCACAAGACAUUCUUGAUGCUAAACGCCUUGUUUUUCCUGGUGUUGGGGCCUUUGCAGCAGCAAUGGAAGUGUUAGAGCGAACUGGGAUGGCCGAGCCACUUUGUAGAUACGUAGAGAGUGAUCGUCCAUUUUUGGGGAUUUGCCUUGGACUUCAAUUAUUGUUCGAGUACAGUGAAGAGAAUGGUCCAGUAAAAGGUCUUGGUUUGAUACCUGGUGUUGUUGGACGUUUUGAUUCAUCAAAUGGUCUCAGAGUACCUCAUAUUGGUUGGAAUGCUUUGCAAACCACCAAAGACACUGAAAUUUUGGAUGAUGUUGGAGGGCGUCAUGUCUAUUUUGUUCAUUCCUAUCGUGUGAUGCCUUCAGAUGCUAACAACGAGUGGAUUUCAUCAAUAUGUAAUUAUGGUGAUAGCUUUAUUUCGUCUAUAACAAGGGGUAAUGUGCAUGCUGUCCAGUUUCAUCCGGAAAAGAGUGGAGAUGUCGGGAUUUCCAUAUUAAAGAAAUUUCUUGACCCCUCUUCAUCUUCAAAGACAAAGAAAUCAGCUAUUGGUAAAGCAUCACGACUGGCAAAGCGAGUGAUUGCAUGUCUUGAUGUGAGGGCAAAUGAUAAAGGGGAUCUUGUAGUCACAAAAGGGGACCAGUAUGAUGUAAGAGAACAGUCAAAUGAGAAAGAGGUUAGAAACCUUGGCAAGCCAGUGGAUCUAGCAGGUCAGUAUUAUAAGGAUGGUGCUGAUGAGGUUAGUUUUUUAAACAUAACUGGUUUCCGUGACUUUCCCUUGGGAGAUUUGCCGAUGUUACAGAAGAUAUUGCGCUACACUUCGGAAAAUGUUUUUGUACCACUAACAGUUGGUGGUGGGAUACGAGACUUCACAGAUGGAAAUGGAAGAUACUAUUCGAGCUUGGAAGUGGCAUCUGAAUAUUUUAGAUCGGGUGCAGAUAAGAUAUCAAUUGGAAGUGAUGCAGUUUAUGCUGCAGAAGAGUAUUUAAGAACUGGAGUGAAGACCAGGAAAACCAGCUUGGAGCAGAUUUCUCGUGUUUAUGGGAACCAGGCAGUAGUUGUGAGCAUUGACCCUCGGAGAGUUUAUGUUAGGAGCCCUGAUGAUGUUGAAUUUAAGACCAUUAAGGUUUCUUCCCCAGGUCCCUCAGGUGAAGAGUACGCAUGGUAUCAGUGCACAGUCAAUGGUGGACGUGAGGUUCGGCCUAUUGGAGCUUUUGAACUUGCAAAAGCUGUUGAAGAACUUGGAGCUGGAGAAAUACUAUUAAACUGCAUAGACUGUGAUGGUCAGGGUGACGGAUUUGACAUAGACUUAAUCAAGUUGGUAUCUGAUGCCGUCAUGAUUCCUGUAAUUGCGAGCAGUGGAGCAGGUGCCGUCGAGCACUUCUCUGAAGUCUUUGAAAAGACAAAUGCAUCAGCUGCACUUGCAGCUGGAAUUUUCCACAGGAAGGAGGUUCCAAUAUUGUCAGUCAAACAACACCUGUUGCAGAAUGGCAUAGAAGUUAGAGUAUGUGCUGAGCAUUAAGGAUGGAAGUGCCAUGAAUCAGCUUAGUAUUUUUAGAAUCUACCUGGUCUUCCAAGUUUUUGUACUCUUUUAUCACAAAAAAACUGGUACCAUUGUGCUCAUCUAGAUGUUGUCUUUUGAGAUGUUGCUUCUCAAGGUAUUUAACUGUAAGAAGUGGAAAUAAACCAUUAGAUUUUAGUCCUAUUUGCUUAGGAUAUGUUUAUUUAGAGGUCGAAAUCAUUGAGAGUGAAGGGGAUUAUACUUUUUUUCCGUUUACUAGAUGUAGAAUUAGUUGAAAGAUGGAUUUGAAAUCCAUUUGUGGAUUGAGUUUUGGCCUCAUUUUAA